UUCACAAAAUCGUAAGAUGGCCCGGUUUGUUGUAAAUUGAUAUUUCAAAAAGGUCACUGCCGAUCGAUGAGCGGCCGACUCUACUGUUUUUCAUAUCGUUCUAGCCAAAUGUACUUAGUUGAACUCAGGAAUGUGACCAGAUCCAAUUAUCCAAAAGAUAGUGAUGUGGCAAAUUACUAGAUUAUCCUUAGGGUAAAGGUUUAACCGUUGCUGAAGAAAGGGAGUAAGCUCUUUCACGGCGUCAACUGAAGCCGGCUGCCCCGGGCUGUGUAACAUUACUAUUUGUGGCGACACAAUUACAGUUUCAGUUUAGUGAAAAGAGGUCACCCAAGUACCUUCGGCCUGAGGGGAAAAAAUGCUAUCGACGGAACAGCACUAUCCCGUCAGCGACACCAUUCGCGACACCAUAUUAUAUUCCCCUGGCCUGUCACACACCGCGCUUGUCACAAUCUCCAGUAACCAGAUUGGCAUCGCGCCGUAGACACGUAAGCAGGGAGUUUACUUCGUGAGAGAGCAUCCUCCGAAACCUUGAAAGCAGUAUCUAUUCAGUAAAAAGCAGUUGCAUUGAAAGAUAGUUUAUCUUCUCGAGUAAUUAAGUUAUUACUGACUGAAACUUCUUUUGGAUAUCUUCAACUGUCCUUUGACUUUUAACUAUCUUUCAGAAGGAUAUUUUUUUGAAUAAAACCUGUUAUCAAGUGGGUCGAUUUUGCAGGUUCUACUUUGCAGUGUUAACGGCGCUACUAAGUUAUCUGAUCUAUCUAGAAAUUAAUUGUAGUGGAACUAAAGCGAGUCUGCUGUACUCUAUCAUUAACGCCAUUUUUUAAAGGAGUCGUUGUAAAAAGUAUAGUUCGGGCAAUUAUUUGUUCAAGAAAGUUGAAGAACUUGAGACGACUUAUAGAUGACAAUGGGACAUAGGACAAUAAUCACGUUUUGGAAUGUACUCUUUCUGGCCUUAGUGACACAGCUGACCAUGGCUUAUAGACUCUCAGGUUCUGAAGAAUUUGCUGCUUAUCCAGAAAAUAAUGAAUACCAAAUGCUGUCCAAUAUGAACCACAUAGAGAAACGAAAAAUAAUAGAAUUCGCCAAAGAGAUACUGCCGCGGCGACCAAUAAAGUUACCGGACGCGGUGUCUCCGUCACGAUUUUUCCACGUUUAUGGACGAAAACGGAGAGACACCAAGGCAAAACGGCAAAACGAGAAUCUGAACUUCAAUGUAGCAGUACUAAAGAGCAAGAUCAUUCGGCCAUCCUCGUGAUCUUGACGGGCAAGUAAGGAUCCAUCCACCACAAGGGUUGGUCCAGGUUAAGGACGGGUUUAUACAGGAUUAUUCCCAAAGAGUCAAUUCACAGGAGAGACAUUGGAUAAACUUAUUAAUGACCUUUUUUUCUAACUUCGUCUGAAUACCUGGCGUUGUAGGGGUAUCAAAAACCUUAAUCUCAGGAUGUAAUCCAGACAUAAGCAAGCAAGACGGUAUCGAAUCAGCUUUAAGAAGUCGGGCAUUGUACCCUAGGUGCCCGAUUGGCCAUGUACUUUUAUAUCACAGUACUUGUCGGGUGCGGUAGAGAUCUGCAAAAGACGACUUUUUUGUGCACUAUCAAUAGGCGAAAGAAGGAGCGGGUUUUUUUCCUCCGAAAGAUGAACUCAAAGACUAACGUUUUUGUUAGAAAUUUUCUAGGCUCAAUUGAAUUGACAUUUACCAAGUUCACCAGAAGCCAUUGCCAUUUGAGAAUGUAGUGCAAGAUGGGUGGCAAUCUGCCAUUUUUUGUCCAUUUCGAGAAUAUGUUAAAAAUCGAAUUCAGGCGAAAGGAAAAUGCAUUAGGACAGUCAAGUUCAAUGUUUCACACUGCGUAAACCUUUAUUGCAUUAAACCAGACCUGGAGAAGGAUAUCGAAUAUGUCACUAACGAAAUGUUCAUAAAAAUGGCAUUUGACAUUUUCUUGCAUUGACAUCUUAUAUCUUACACGUCCUUGUCUUUUGGUGAUUUCAAAACACAAGAUUUAUAAAAUAUCUUCUGUUUUUCUCGAGGUCUUUCCUCCCCUAUAUUUCCCUUGGAAUUAUCAUCCUAAUUGACAACGUUUGUUAAAGCAGCUGCUCUCCGGAAUAAAAUAAACAUGAAGUAAACUUGUAAU